AUGUGCAUCGACGGCAACAGCGGACCUCUCUCCAUCCGCUACGUCACCGCCCAGCUCGAGGCCCUCUGGCACAACGCGAACGAUUGCGCCCCGCAUGCCGUCCACUACGACUACAAGUCGGCCGAGUACGAGGGCAGCCGGUACAUUCGCGCCCUGCGCGAGUUCCACUUCCUCACCAGGCGCGCCACCACCGGCCUGCGCGAGGAAGAUCUGUUCUUCUCGGCCAAGUUUGCCAUGCCGGAGCUCAAGUUUCUGUGCAAUCACACCGUCUUCCUUCGCUUGAACAUCGAGUCGGGCCACCUGAACUUGUCCUACAAGGACUCGGCGAAGCUGAGUGCACGCGCCGAUCACUCGAAGAACGUUGCGUUGAAGGACGUCGAGGUCGUGUUCGCGCUUCCGAUUCUGCGCAGCAACAUCAGUGGACGCGACGAAAAGAUCGGGAACCUUGGUGUCAGGCACCUUGUCCAGAUGAUGAUCCUCGCUCUCGACCAGGAGAAGUUUGUGAGGUUCACGCUGGGCGACAACAAGCUGAAUGACGAUGCCAAGGAGGCGUUCCAGUUCUACCUGAAGCACUACCUGCACUUCCUGCAGACGUCUGGUAACCAUGUGAUGUUCGAUCUGGCCGACUUUGACGACUCUAAGCACCGUCCGCGGAUUGAUUACUCGGUGAUCCGGACGGAGAGUACGGAUGAGCUGCGGCAGCUGAUCCGGAAGGACAUCAGGAUCUUUGACAAGGUUGACCCGGCGCUGAUUGCGCAGUUCUACCAGAUGCACUGGCAGAAUGCCUGUGGCAAGCGGAAUGGACCGGCAUGGGGCAAGCUUGACCUGUGUCUGGCGACGAUCUGCAGCGACUGGAUUAACGGGUGCACGCUGGAGAACAUCCACUUCUUCAUCAACUUCCACUCUCCGACCGUCGAGCCUCUGUGCAACCAGGAGGUUAUCAUCAAGUUCAAUAUCAAGGAGCUCGGGUUCUUCGAGAAGGCUGGCAUUAACGAUACCGUGACCCCGAAGGUGGACCUCUCUGACCAGCAGUGGCAGUUCGCCUUCAUCGUCAAGUGUGUCAGGGCCGAAGGCCUCGGCGUGGUGACCCUGGACUUCGACACCGCACGCUUCUCCCGCUUCGACUCGUUCUUCGGCGGCGGCGAACCCGAUGAGCAGACCAAGCACUACAUCGACCUCAUGAUCAAGCUCUUCUCCCACGACUACAUCGACAUCCUCGCCCGCUUCAGCCUCCACAUCAUCCUCGGCCUGCCCCUCUCGCCGGACAGCUUCGGCAGGGACUACGCGGCCGAGUGGACCGAGACGGAGGAGAACGAGGGUGACCACUUCGCCAGGAAGCAUACGCACGCGAUGAUGUGGUCUGAGCGGAUCCAGAACACGGCAAUCUACCCUGGCUGCCACGAGGUCGUUGCACUCUCGGAGGAGACUAUUAACCGGGUCCUGCGUAGCCGUCUGGAGACGGUGCGGGAGUGGCAGAUCGGCAAUCUGUUCUCGAUCAACAUUCUAGACCUGAAGGUCCGGCUGCUGACGAGCGGCAAGGCGAUCAUCUACAUCCAGGCGAACGGCAUGAUUGCAGUCCGCAAGCGGGAGAAGUCGCUCAAGUGGUGGACGAGGCUGUUCUGGUUGCAUCCUCAGCCCACUGACCAGCUCGACACCUAUGUCUUUCUCCGGGGCUUCCGAUGUCUGCUGCUGACACCCCGACUCACAGGUGCACGCUACGUCGAGGAACUCUCGAUCGUCACCGACCUCGGUACCGACGACACCUCGCUCGAGAAGCUCAACACCAUCAGGCAGUACAUCCCCGAGUACCUCGCCGCCCUCACCCACUACGGCCACAACAUUCUCCACACCGUCCCCAUCUGCAAGCUUCCCCGCACCGACAAACCCUCGGACCUGUUCGCGUUCACCGAUGUCGACCACCGCGUCCUCACCAAGAAGGAGAUCACCAUCGACACCUGCCUCAACUUCGAGACCCUCGAGACCGAGAUUCCGCUCGUCGUCAUCUACGGUGUCACCGGUGGUGCCAGGAUGCCGACGUUCAGUGGCAAGUGGGCUGCCGGCUGGCAGGCUGUCGGUCGCGAUUCUGUCGGCACGUUGGGCCUGUCGCGCGAGAUCUUCCUGCAGCGAUACAUCCUCGAGCAGCUCAAGAAUGUCAAUGCGAUGACGACGAUCGUCCCGAGGAACGUCGAUGUUGUCGACGAUGUUUGGCACGUCGACCUCACGACAUGGUACCUGCACCCGACGCGGAACCAAUCCAAGGUCGGGUGUUAUUGGAAGCCGGUCAAGGCAGACUCGCUGGACUUCAUGGAGUACGAGUGGAAGUACCGCGACGAGUGGAACCACGAGCAUGAGGGCCACCAUGAGGACACGGCUAACGGCGAAUACUAUCUCCACUGCAACACGAAGAACUCGCUUAUCAUCCCGACUGUGUUCGAUCCCAAGGGUAUCGAGCUCGACCUCCGCGGCGAGACCACUGUCAAGGUCGGUGGCAAGCACAACGGCCAGAAGUGGAGCCGGUCCACUGUCGGCACCUGGGGUGCCAAGAUCAAGCUCGACACCUCCAACGGCCUCAAGAUCGUCGUCGACCGCAUUCCCGUCCAGGUCAAACCUACCAUCGAGACUUGCACCGACUCGUGGACAUUCGACCCGAGCACCAUCCACCUCCAGAACCUGUCGCUCAAGAGCGACGCCCUCGAUGCGCUCGUCACCGGACAGCUUCGCCUCCUCCUCGAGGCGUCCUGGGAGUACUGUGUUAUGGGCAUCCAGUCCAUCAAGCUUCGCGCUCCCGUCAUCACCCGUGCCGGUGAUUUCAUCUGCGAGCUCGAUCUCGACAAGGACAUGGUCCGACCUCCGAUGCUCGACGUCGCAGAGUGGGUCAAGUACAGGACUAGGUGGUACUCCGAGUGGGUCGAGAACGGCAAGCUGAAGGCGCGGGACUACGGUCAGAUCCGUGGCGAGUACACGAUCGACAAGGACGGCAGGGUCGAUACUACACCGGUGGCAGACCGCGGCGCCCCCACGGAAGAAGAGCCCGUCGCCAUGCCCUACGGCGCCGCCAAUGGUCAUGCGCAACCCAACGGCACACCUACUAAGGCGGUCUAUCCCGCUCCGACUUCUGCUAAGGCUGCUGCCCCUGCUGAUAGCGCCACUGGGGCCAACGGUGCCGCUGCUCCUCAGCUCACUCCUGAGCCUGCCAUAGCCGCCACGUGAACAGCCCCUUCCGAGUCCAUCUCGAUCUCAAAAACUGUAGUGUGAGCCAUCGGACUUGAAUACUCUGUUAGUAUAUCUGGCUGCUGUAUCCCUGCUUUUGUUGUCUGUUGUGAUCUUGUUUUAUAAUACAUCUGGGUCUAUGUACACAAUCUUCUUCUCGCUCGCCCCUUUCAGAGUGCGAAAUAUAACUCGUCGUUUGACCCUGUCAUCAAUGUAGUGGAAGUGCACUGUCUGCAGCUCGUCUUAUUCUAGGGCACAAUCAGCGUCGCCGACGAG